AUGACUUCCCUCUCCAGCGCAGCAGCCAAGCGCAGAGUUGCUCGUCACAGUCGGCUCUCAAAAGCUCGAGGUCGACACAUGGCUCACCCAGACCCAACUCUCGCCCGUCGUACCCCCCGAUCCAGGACGAGAAGACUUCGAGACCAAGAGGCAUUGAAUCUUGACGAUUGCUUCCAUCAUUGUGAGGACCUUGGCUAUCACAUUGACCCAGAUGUUCAUAUCGGGCGUGCAGUGGUUCAAAGUGUCAAUCCGUUCUCAAUCCUUGACCCAGAUAGCUCGGAGUUUCCUUCAAGCCUACUAAACACCCCUUCCGGAGACGAAAGUCUGCCCGAGUGGCCUAAGGAGGAUUAUCGUCAAAAUUCUUGCUCGCUACCUUCUACCGUACCUGACAAAUCGGAUGUCGUACUCGAUGCAAGACCUUUGACGAAUACAUACACCGAUUACAUGGCUCCAGGUUUCCCUGAUGAUGUGUUCGCUUCCGAGGCAGACCCUACUGUCAGAAUGUCUGGAUCGUUCUCGGGUGUCAGCAGUUCGGGCACUGAUGAUACCUUCAAUUCCGGUUUCUACCUCGACAAUAUCCGAAUUCCUAGUCCGUUAUUAUAUCAUCGAUCAAGCUCGAAAGCAUGUACUCCGGACACUGAAACCCCAUCAGAUCUUCCUGAUUUUGAACUUGCACAUGGUCAACCAGUACCGGAGCCGGACUUUGUCACGUACCGCAAUGUCCCUCAUGACGAUGUCCAUACAAGCACACAAGCACCAUUAAUAGGAAUUUAUUCACCACUCCCCACCAAUGCUUUCGUGACCUUCCUCGGUCACAAGCGCGAGAAGCCACAACGGGCAUCAAGUUCUACAGAUUCAAAUCAGACUGCACAUCGAGGCCAGACUAGUCGUGGGUCUGGUGGGUCUGAUAUACUCCACAUGCCCGGCGGGUUUCAAUGUUAUAUGGAAAAGAAUGACAUCGACAAGGGUCAUGUUUAUGGAAGUCUGCCUCCAACUUCCCACCACACUGUCAAGACCAACGAUGACGAUGUGAUUUUUCCAAAACUGUCUAUCUCCUCACAAGAUCAGCCUUGCAACAUUUCUGCUUGGAACCCAAGCGUUGUAAAGCCAUGGCACGCAAUGGCUAAACGAUCCCUACUCCGAGGAAUUGAACUAAAAUUGGCAUUCACUUCCCCUCCUGCUCCAUGCAGAGACCUAGUGCUGGCUAGCACAUUUCCCAAGGAACUUGCCCUCUCACCUGGAAGGCGAUGGUCUUGUGAUGCGACUUUCAACUCUAUUCCGAACGAUGGUCACCGAGAAAUCAGAAAAGUUGCACUCCCUCUUGAACGGCCAAAGUUAUCGAUCGAAUCUGAAUACCAUCGGCAGACCCAACGAUCAGAUGCCUCGGCCGGUGGAGAGAUUGAGAAAACGAAAAGCCCGCCCGAAAAAUUUGACUCAUUAACACCCUCAUGUCAUGGAGCAUUAAUGCUUCCAUCACCACUGUCCGAGACUGAUGACGAGGACAAAGGGUACUUCUCUUCAUAUGAAAUAUGUACUGACGCAGAAAUCAUCGAUCUCAAUGAAAGUGAUGCCGAUUGGUCAGAUUGGGAAGGGGAUUUUGAAGUCGAACAAAUCAACGGGAUCGAUACCCAGUAG